AUGACUAACAUUAAAAGUUUUGUCAAGUUUGAAGAGCGGUUUCCUGAGCAGUUAGGAACAGAGGGGUUUCUUUACAGACAGUCUUCUGGCAAUGUAGACAAUAAUUCACUUAACCUGUGUACAUGGCAGAGUCUGUUGUCUGUAUGUAUGUUGUACAUGGAUCUCUCUACACCAGACACACUCACUCUGCGCUCUCUGCUCCUACAACAGAUGUUAGAGAGCUACAGGGAAGCACUGAGUAGGUCAAGGUCAAAAUUUCUUCUGCUUGACGACAUUAAAGGUCACCUUGAGCUGGUACAGGGGGUCAUGGGACAGGUGGUCAACAGUGUAAAGAGUCUGGUGCUGGAGAAAUACAGAAAUAUUGAUAAUGCUGAUGUCAUGCAGUACUAUAUGGACCCCCGUCAUUGUCCCCAGGUUCUGAGGUCUGUCUGUGGGGGAGACAGCUAUGUGUGGGCUGUGAACCUCUACACUCUGGUGUCUCACGUCAGUAGGGUUUUAUCACUGGGGGCUCCACAGGGGGACACACUGAAAAAGUUCUUAGAGGAAGGGAGCAAGGAGAGUUUUGAUGUAGAUUAUCAAACCCUUGAGAAUCUGAUGAUUGACAUAAUACAGACAGAUAAAAUCCUACAACAAUUCAGCUUCCUAGGUAAAGACAAGGAUUUCCAAGACAUAAUAAAGGUAAUGGAUAAGAUCUGCUGGGUUGCUAGAAUGAGGGAGUCCUUGGUUACCUACACACAGGAUCAUGACCUUAACAAGGUCAUUCUGUUUUACUCCUGGGUCAAGGACAAACUACUGCCUGUAAUGGGUGAGAGGUUUAUGGAGUGUUUCCCACAUCUGUACCAGGCUGGUGAAGUUCUGCUGUCAGGAUAUGAGGAGACAGAUUGUUACAUCAGGUUCUGGAACUCCCAUGGUCACCCACCUCCUUACAGAACCCAGAGUGAGGCUGAGAACUGCUUGACCCUAAGUGACCUCUGUAAACUGUCUGAUGUCCAUAGAGAGGCUGCUGACCUCAUUAUGAAAUACAAAAUCCAGUUAAACCUUGGCAGGAGGAGUGAACUUGUGUCAUUAGUAAUGAAUGCAGGGACUGAAGUGAAAGCUGAAAUUCCAUAUGGCAAUAACACAGAGACCAUCAGAAAGGUUAGAAUACUCCUUCAGCAAUAUAACCUAACACAAGAGGAAAUAAAGGCAGUGGACAAUGCAAUGGAAAUGGACCAAUCAGAAUACAACAAUCAUUUGUCUCUGUGCAGCCAAUCAACAUCUGGGAAGCAUGUUGACCUUUGGCCUCUUCAUGAUCACAUGUUUGUUCUCUCUGAACUGAAGCUAGUCAAUGAAAUGUUGACAUCAUUAGAAUGUACUGCUUCAUCAGAGAUAGGGGCAUUAGUUAACUAUGGAAGCCAGUUUACACCUUUGUCACUGAUGGUUUUAGCAAAACUGAAAGCAAAGUGUGAAGACAAAAGUCAGGAAGCUGUCAGUAACACUUUGUGUGAUAUACUUUGUGAUCUGUACCAACAAUUGUGGACCAACACGUCCGCUAAGGGACUUAACUGGUGGUUAAACUGGUCUCCAUCCCCUCAGAGCACGACAUCAAGUAUAAGUAUUGAAAGGACCAGAGAAAAUUGGAGUCCAGAAAGUCUUCAUAAGUCAGUACUAAGUCAGACUGCCUACCACCUGAUGUGUGGAGAAUCUGAGGAAACACUAAAGCCAUCACAGGACAGACAUCUCACUAUUCAUGUUUCCCUGAGAGACUUAAAAUCAAGGCUACACAAAUUACAGAUCCUGUCACAGCACAUCUGGUCUCAAGGUUAAAUGUUGUGUAAAGGGAAUCUCAAAACUAGGAAAUUGUUGAGACAGCACAAUGUCCAAGUGUUUGUAUCAAUACUUCACUCCAGUCUGGCAAUGUUUAAAACAAAGGAUCAGGAUAAAUACAAACAGAGUGUGUCUGAGUUCAUCAACUGCCUCCUAAACAAAGAUACCUCUCAUACGGACAGUGAACAAAUAAUCCAAACUAUAACAGACCUCUUGCAUGGAGUUAUGGGUCCUGAUCUAUUUAUAGUCAGGGAGUGUUUGAGUGGAAUCCUUGCCGUUUGUGAUAAUGAGGCUGAUAUGAGAACAGUAGGGAGACAGUGGGUGUAUGUAGGUCUACUGGGCAUGCUCCUCCACAAACCAAGGUCACCUGUUGAUCCUGUGGUCAAAACACAGAUCAAACUACAGCUUAAACAAAGGGAGCUGGAGGAGAUCAAUACAGAUAUUGAGGUCAAGGUCAUUCAUCACAGACAAAUGACAGGUCUACAUCUGCUGGACACGCCCUCCCAUCUACAACAUCCUUUGAUCCUCCACUUGAUUGACAGGAGGGAGAAGUUACAGAGACAGAUAGAGGCUUUACGGUCCCAGCAGGCCUACAGACCAAGUACCUGUCAGUACAAACAACUUUUGAAUAUGAUAAGAGACUUUGUCAGUACCAAAGGAUCUACCACUCACACAAUUCAGCUGAUGGAAAAAUUAUUAACAAUUUGUAAAACUGGAGAAAUAUCCAAUGAGAUUGCAGAAGAGAGAACCUGGCAGAAAACUCUCCAGCGAUUGGUCAGUUCCCUGGAGGAGGAGUUCCCUCUGUACAGAGACAUCACCACACCCUUCAUAGUCGCCCUCCAGCAGGUGAGAUGUGGGAUGAGGCUUAUAGCCGGUUGUGCAACAGAAGCAAACAAUGCACAACAAUUGACAGACAGACUGAAAGUGACCAGUCAGGUCCAUGAGACAGUUGGUCACAUCAGGGAAGCAGCUCAUCUGUUGGUAAAGUUCCCGUUCAUUUCAUCAGAUGUAUUCAGCAGUUGGAAGCUAGCUCAGAAAAUCCUGUUAGUAGAGAGACUGGUGUCUGGUUGUAGGGGUCAGGUGGAGGAGAACGGGACAGAGCAAACUUCAAGACUUUACCUUGGUGCAUUGUUUUUACUGCGAAACUCAGCUAUUAUGAGAAAGGAAUUGAACAGAGAGAUUCUGAUGUCAUUGCACCAAAUCUUCAAUCGUUUUAUGUUGUCAUGGAAACAGCAGGAGGAGAUACGACGUCAGAAAGAGGCUGAGGAGGGUCUGUAUAAAUACAAGACAAAACUCCACGGCGACGACAGAGACAUCGACGUGAUAGAGGAGGAGGAAUUCAGACAGAACUUUCCUUCCUUUCAGCAGGAUUUCCAAGACUUGAUAACACCCUCCUCUCUGGAAGAUACUGGUUUAUCUGAGCCCUCGGAACCGGAAAUAGAGGACACACCCAAUAGAGUGACUGACAGAGAAGUGACAGCUGUAAGCCACACCCACCAGCUACUGUUCUCAAGUCUGUCCUCCUCUGAUUGGUUAAAGCAAAGUCAUGUGACAGAGGUCAUGACCCAGGAUAUCACAGAGCCCUCAUUGUUGUGCUAUAGCAUUGCUGCACCUUUGUGUAGAGGGCAGUGGAACUUGUCAGAAGUAGAAAGGCAGACAUUAGGAAGCCACCUGGUGGCCAGUCAGACACUACAAGAGGAGAUAACUCCUGUAUAUGAUAAUCAGGCUGAGAAAUCAUCACCUCAGGGUUAUGAUGUUUACCGUGACCCAAACUUGUCAGAGGUCAUUCAGUGUGUCCCUAUACUACAGAGACUGAUGGUCAGAGUAAGAGAACUUCAACAGGAGUGGCCAGACCACCCAACACUAAUACAG